GUGUCAACCUUGGACAAUAACCCUAACAGGAGUUUCAGUUAUUGCUAUUAGCUGGUUAAUUUCGCAUUCAGUGCUAGUUACUUCGCUCGUAUCAUCACUAAUACUCGCAUGGUGGUUCAUCUUCCUCUAUUCUUACCCCAAGGCAUAUUCAGAAAUGAUUGCUGAGCGAAGAGAAAGAGUUACAAAUGGUGUUGAAGACACAUAUGGUCGUACCAAGAAGCAGUGAUUUUCUGUUUAAAAUAAAACGUUCAUUCAAAUUAGGUGAAUUGGCUUAGAGAUUGUAACGUUAAUUUCUGUAUGAAUAUAUGUAACCAUGGGUUACCAACAUAUAUGAGAAUUUGCUAGCAAGAGAAAUUAUUUUUCA